GUCUGUAGUUUUUUACAUCCGGAAGGUGGGGCUUUUGUUACUGGAGCGGUUUGCAUUAGGAGAGCCAAUGCCUCGAUAUGCUCUAUUAAUGCAGUUGUCAAGAUAGCAUCAACCGAGGGCAGUAAAACGAAUCUUCCUUUGGUUGUGUCAGGGAGUGUUGGGGUGCAUAGAAGUGUGUGUGUGCUUGCGUGUGUGUGUAUGUGUGUGUGAGAAGGUGUGAGAGAGACACAAAGGAGAAUCCAGUGAUGGCUACCGGUAAAAGUAAAAACCAGAGCUCUCUGGCACUACACAAGGUGAUAAUGGUGGGCAGUGGAGGUGUGGGGAAGUCAGCCCUCACCCUGCAGUUCAUGUAUGAUGAGUUUGUGGAGGACUAUGAACCCACCAAGGCAGACAGCUAUAGGAAGAAGGUGGUUCUAGAUGGGGAGGAGGUCCAAAUUGACAUUCUGGACACAGCAGGCCAGGAGGACUACGCUGCUAUCAGGGACAACUAUUUUCGCAGCGGGGAGGGCUUCCUACUGGUCUUCUCCAUCACAGAGCACGAGUCUUUCACUGCCACUGCUGAGUUCAGGGAGCAGAUCUUGCGGGUGAAGGCAGAGGAGGACAAGAUCCCUCUCCUGCUGGUAGGGAACAAAUCGGACCUGGAGGAACGCCGACAGGUAUCCGUGGAAGAGGCCCGAGGGAAAGCUGAAGAGUGGGGUGUCCAGUAUGUAGAGACAUCAGCCAAAACCAGAGCCAACGUCGACAAGGUAUUCUUUGACCUGAUGCGUGAAGUACGAGGCAAGAAAAUGUCAGAAAACAAAGACAAAAAUGGGAAAGGAAAGAACAAGAAGAACAAGAAGAGUUUUAGGGAGAGAUGUUGUUUACUUUGAACUCUUCAUGGACCUUAACACCCCACAAUACAACUGCAGAGGUGGGGAACAAAACAGAGCGUCCUUGCCAUUGUCAUUCAAAAGAAAUUUAAUCUUUUUUUAAUAGCUGGUUAUAGUUUAGUGUCUAGAACAAUCUCAAACACUCUUUUGCAAUUUUUAAUUGAUAACAUCUGAGUAGCUGUUUCAUUGGAAGAUAACCACUGUUGUGACUGGACUGAUUUGGACUGCAGUGCUUGAUGGCUCAUAGAGAGCCACUGACCAAACUGCCACUGACACUAAUUCUGCUGCUCAAGACAGUCUCCACUGUUUAACUCAGCGAUUAUACUGCCUUUAACUUUGGUUCAGUGUGUUUUACACCAGAAUUGUUGAGUCUUUGUCAAGUAAACAGUGCUCUUAAUUUCUUUACCUUCUCUUAAUCUUGCAGCCUGCAUCUCGUUUGUCUUAGUAUAGACCCCUUGAGUCUAUGAACAUCGACUCUAAUGCUGCUGUCUGUAAUAUUUGUAAUCAUUAAUGAUGAUAAUGUUCUGUCUGUUAAAGAUGUUUGCCUCAUUCAUCUGUCCUGACUCGUAUAUUCAAAUCAUGUUUGGAACAACAGUUUAAACUGGAAGUUUCAAAUGUUUUCAUUCUUGAGGCUGCUUUUACAGAUUUAUUUUUUCCAGUUCAUCCAACGAUUUAUGAUUUUCAAGACGAACCAUACAAUCAGAGGAUUUGUUUCCAAACAGGGUUAUUUCAUGAUUGAGUUAUGAUUACCACAAUCACUCAAUCACAAGAUGCUUUGCAGGACUGGUGCAGAGUAAAAUCUUUUUAAAUCUUUGAAUCUUUUCUUUGACUCUAAAUCAAAUAUCUCAAAUAUCUGGCAGAUGUUUCAUCAUGUGAUAUUUUGAGGCUGUGAAAAGAAAGCCGUAAUGUUGCUACUAGCAUUAUUCUGAGGUUAAAUGAAUGCUAGUGACUGAGAGGAGAGGACCUGUUUUUCUUCAUGGUGCCCUGACAUUUUCACGUAGUCUGACUUUUUCCACCCUUCUUAUGGUGCAGAUUACUUCCUGUUUUACAUGACUGUUGAAGAUCAGAGUCUUUGCUGGGGCUGUGCUGUGAGACAGGUGUUGAUAAUUCAGGAGGCUGUCAUGCUUCUGGUCCAUGAUGCCUUUAUAAUCAGUGGCUGCUUAUUAAUCUGAACAAUUCUGAUGUUUUUUUUUUUUUAUUCUUGGGUCUUUUGAAUAAUAUGCACUACAUUGCCAGUACCUAAGAAGUGGACUUCAUGCUAAGUGGUGACACGCUGGAGAUUUUGAAACAAUUUGUGCCAACAGAAAAAUCCAACUAUGUUUGCAGAUGUACAGUAUGUAUGUUGGUUAUGUGAGUGUAAGUGCAUUUACCAGAAAACCCUAAUACCUUUCUGUGUCUGUUAGAGUGAAGCUUUGAUGAGGGUGCCAACUUCUUAUCUGUUGUUUAAUCAAGUGCUACAGUGAACAAGAUGUUCCUACCACUGCCUGAACCAUUCUUUGUAACAUGUCCUCCUUUUUUUCUUUUACUUCCUGUUACUGUGAGUAUGCUUCUAUCUCUCUGCAGUGAGAGUGUUGCCGAAUAAAUGCUUUUGUUCUUUGUAAA